AUGGAGCGACUCGCAAUCCAUGACCCUCCCUCAGGUAACCAACAAGGAACCCAGCCGCCGCAGGGAUUCCCCGCGCAAACCAACAUGCUUGGUCCCAUGUCCCAAGGGCCGCCGCAACUACCGCCCCAGAUGUUCACCACCGCCGCGCAGCUACUAGACCUGACAGAUAAGAAACUGGUUUUGGUUUUGCGAGAUGGGAGGAAACUUAUCGGGGUGCUGAGGACGUGGGAUCAAUUCGCCAACCUUGUGCUUCAGGAUACGGUUGAACGCAUUUAUGCGGGGAAUUUGUAUGCGGAUAUUCCUCGCGGAGUGUUUUUGGUUCGUGGCGAGAAUGUGUUGCUUUUGGGUGAGAUUGAUCUCGACAAAGAAGACGAUAUGCCAUCAACCAUCCAAAAAGCCCCCUUCCAGGAAGUCUUCGAGCUAAAACAGAAAGAAGAUAAUGCGCGGAAAACUGGAGACAAAAAGCGAAACAACAAACUACAAGGCCUUGGGUUCGAAGCCGAACACAGCGGAGAGAUCCUUUUCUAG